CGGUGCGCGCGGUGCGCGUGACGCUCGGGCUCCGGGCUGCGCGGCCUGGGCGGCGCCCCUCUGCUCAGGGUCCCUGGCCACGAAAGUGAGCUGAGGAGAGAAGGGGGCUGGGGACGUCUGCUGGGCUAGGUCCUAUCCCUGGGCGCCGAGGAAAGGACGACGCUGUGGCCCUGGGGCUGUCUGCCUGUGGCCAGUGCCAGAGUCCGGACUGCCCCCUCCUCACCCAGGUGCAGGGGCAGCCAGGGAGGAGAAGGCGGGAGGAACUGAGGGCAGGGACAGGGCCGGGCCCAGGCUGCCCAUGGUGCUUUGUCGGUGCCCCACUGCUGCGGGUCGGGGCUGGGUGCUCUCAGCGUCGCUGCCUCCCCUCCGGGGCUGUACAAGUUUCGCUGUACAGAGGGAACUCGGCCUCGGCGGAGCAGUGGGAUGUUCAAGGGGUGCUGGUCAUGGAGGCCCCUGGGAAAAGAGGCAGGGGAACCGGAGCUUGAAAAACAGGAGGGCCCACACUCCCAGGGCUUUCCACCCAUUGGGGCCCCUCGGCUGCCACUGGCCCAGAGUGGGGGGCCGUGACGCCAUAAUCCCCUGGGCCCGGGGCUGGCGGCUGUGAGUGGCACCGCAGGCUCCCGCCCCCGGGGCCCGUGGGCUGGGCCGGCCUCGGUGGGGCUGGGUGCAUGCAGUCAGAGGCGGCGCCGGCCGGGCCGCCGGGCGCCUAUGGACGCGCGGAUCCCGCUGUCUCCCCGGGCCAGUGCGUUCAGCAUCGCCUCUCUGGUUGCAGCAGAGGCCACAGAGCGCACCGCUCGCCUGGGACCCGAGUCCUCCGACCUGGUGAAGCUUCGCCAGCUGCUGGGAUCCCCGGCCGGGAUGCACUUCAGCACCGUCACCAGGGACAUGGAAGCCUUCACGGCCAGCAGCCUGAGCAGCCUGGGGGCGGCGGGGGGCUUCCCGGGCGCUGCGUCGCCGGGCGCGGACCCAUACGGCCCGCGCGAGCCCCCGCCGCCGCGCUACGAGCCGUGCGCCGCCGCUGCCCCCGGUGCCCCGGGCCCGCCGCCGCACGCCUACCCGUUCGCGCCGGCCGCCGGGGCCGCCACCAGUGCCGCCGCUGAGCCCGAGGGCCCUGGGGCUAGCUGCGCGGCCGCCGCCAAGGCGCCGGUGAAGAAGAACGCGAAGGUGGCCAGCGUGAGCGUGCAGCUGGAGAUGAAGGCGCUGUGGGACGAGUUCAAUCAGCUGGGCACCGAGAUGAUCGUCACCAAGGCCGGCAGGCGCAUGUUCCCCACGUUCCAAGUGAAGCUUUUCGGCAUGGACCCCAUGGCCGACUACAUGCUCCUCAUGGACUUCGUGCCGGUGGAUGACAAGCGGUACCGGUAUGCCUUCCACAGCUCCUCCUGGCUGGUGGCAGGGAAGGCAGACCCUGCCACUCCGGGCCGCGUACACUACCACCCGGACUCGCCUGCCAAGGGGGCACAGUGGAUGAAGCAAAUCGUGUCCUUCGACAAACUCAAGCUGACCAACAACCUGCUAGACGACAAUGGCCAUAUUAUUCUCAACUCCAUGCACAGAUACCAGCCACGCUUCCACGUGGUCUACGUGGAUCCACGCAAAGACAGUGAAAAAUACGCCGAGGAGAACUUCAAAACCUUUGUGUUUGAGGAGACCCGCUUCACCGCGGUCACUGCCUACCAGAACCACCGGAUCACGCAGCUCAAGAUCGCCAGUAAUCCUUUCGCCAAAGGCUUCCGAGAUUGCGAUCCAGAGGACUGGCCCCGGAACCAUCGGCCCGGCGCGCUGCCGCUCAUGAGCGCCUUUGCGCGCUCGCGGAACCCCGUGGCCUCCCCCACGCAGCCCAACGGCGCGGAGAAAGACUCGGCCGAGGCUCGGCGAGAAUUCGAGCGCGACGCGGGCGGCCCGGCUGUGCUCGGGGACCCGGCGCACCCGCCGCAGCUGCUGGCGCGGGUGCUGAGCCCCGCGCUGCCCGGGGCCGGCGGCGCCGGGGCCCUGGUCCCGCUGCCUGGCGCGCCCGGAGGCCGGCCCAGCCCCCCGCACCCGGAGCUGCGCCUGGAGGCGCCCGGCGCGUCGGAGCCGCUGCACCACCACCCGUACAAGUACCCGGCGUCCGCCUACGACCACUACCUCGGGGCCAAGAGCCGGCCGGCGCCCUACCCGCUGCCAGGCCUGCGCGGCCACGGCUUCCACGCGCAUCCGCACGCGCACCCGCAUCCGCACCAUCACCCCGCUGUGAGCCCCGCCGCCGCCGCCGCGGCAGCGGCCGCGGCGGCCGCCAGCAUGUACUCUUCAGCCGGGGGCGCGCCGCCGGGCUCCUACGACUACUGCCCCAGAUAAUGCGGGCGCUCGCCCAGGGGUCCGGUUCACCCAGCCCGCGGUCACCAUGGUCCCUCUUCACCGGCCUCCAAGCCUUGGGGUCUCCACUCUGAAGCCCCAGAGCUGUCCAAGGGUCUGGUUCCCUGGCCCUGGGCCACCGCGGGUCCCUCCCCAGCCCCAAGGGCCCCGAGUCCGCAACGCCAGUGCCAAAGUGCGCGGUCCGCGCCGGAAGGAAGUGAUAUUUAUUGUUCUCCGCGAGAUCGCGUCGUCCCCGGCCCGGCUGGCAGUUGCAGUGUAGACGAUCCGAGAACCGUCUGGAGGCGGUGUAGAUACUUGUAGAUAUUUGUAGAUAACUGUAGAUACCGCGCCGGCGCCGACUUGAUAAACGGUUUCGCCUCUUUUGGAA